GCUAGAAUAUGGUUCCAUCUCUGAUCUAGUAGGAGAUUUUUCGCACAUGGCAGUUCUAAGGUUCGACGCUACUGAGCAGCAUCGGCUAGAUAUCGAUAAGAUAAUAACAUAGAAUUUCAAGCUCACUGGCCCUUGGAGGCUCGCAAGCAAUACAAGUUUGGAACUUUCGAUAAUUAAUCUCUUCCACCUAUUUACCUCCGUCAAAUUUUUCAAGGGUCUCAAAUUCCAUUCGCAAAACACUGCAGUUCGUAUAAAUCACAAAUUGAGCUUUCGGAACUAUUCGCGUCAUGUUAUCAUGGCUGAUCCGUUAUUAACGUCACUUUGUACCAUCUGCCAUAUCCAAGCCCCCAAAUACAAAUGCCCCCGAUGCGGAACACGGACAUGUUCCCUAAUAUGUGUAACGAAACACAAAAAAUGGUCAUCCUGUAAUGGAGAGCGCGAUCCGACUGUCUACAUACCACGAGAGAAACUAAAGACGGAUGCUGGUAUCGACCACGAUUACAAUUUCCUAACGAAGAUCGAGAGGACCGUGGAGCGAACCGAGAAGAUACUGAGGGAAGAGAAGGAGAUACUACCGCAGGACGACAACGGACCGCGACCACCACCGAACAAGAGACAACGCAUUCAUAAGGGUCGGAGUAGGGGAAGAGUCACUUUCGAGGAAAACUCGCGAAAAUGGGAUCGAAACUCAAUACAACGAAUGCGCCAGCUAGGAGUCAAUGUCUCAUCUCUCCCCUACGGUAUGACUAGGUCGAAAGAAAAUAAGACGAGCUGGAAUAAACGCACGAGGACCAUGAAUUGGCAAAUCGAAUGGCUUGUGUGGAAAUCUGUCACAUCCGAACAAGCCAGCACACCGAAUCCCUUAAGAAUCCUGCAUAAAAUAUUGGAUGAAGUGCCUUUGUGCGUUGGUUUUGCGGAGAGCGAAGAAUUUUACCGUCAAAGACAGCUGAGCGACCAAGAACGCGCACAGGAGAAGAAACAAAAGUCCCUGGAAGGAAGGAGAAAGAUUUCUGGAGGCGGUCAAGACAUGACCAUAACAGCUUGGAAUGGCGUGGAAUACGUAAUGCAGGACCCGGAUACGGCAGCAUGGAACAGUACGAUCGCACGUUCGCACGCAGCCGAGGGUGCAAAGGAUAAAUACCGAUUCUUCUUCCUAAAACCGCGAACACCCUCGCGAGAAUUGCAGAAACUCGUGCCCCUGCAGCCAACAGACAGCCUGGCUACUAUCUUACCUGGCCUUGAUAUAGUUGAAUUUCCGACUAUUUGCGUAUUGCCAGCUGGUUCCACGGAAGUCCCCGACGGUUACACCAUAGAGGAAAGACCUAAGAAGUCGAAAAAACGACAAACUGGCGGCCUUGUCGAAUAUUCAAGUGAGGAGGAAGAGGGUCAAGCUGAGGAUGGAGAUUCCGAUGAGCAAGACGAUGAUACCACAAGUAGUUCAGGAUCAGAUAUAUCUGACAUGUCUACCUAAUUAACUAAUUAAUAUAUAGGCCAAUGCGUGAAUAUCGUAAGCCGAUCUAUUCGCGAAAAAUGAUGGUCCAAUAUCUAUAACA